AUGAGCGACUACGAUCAGCUCUACCAGCAGGGGCUCUAUCUUUCCCCGGGCCAGCAGGAUCUCCUGCUAGCUGCCCUCUCAUCCAACAAUCCCGCCCAUAAACAGCAACCCCAACCUCAUCACACCCCCCAGAUCAAAGCCGAUCACAGCCCAGACCAUGCUUCAUCUAAUGGAAUGAGUGGGCCCCCUUCGGGUGCGUUCGACAACCCACAACUCAAUGGCUUUGGAUUCGGGGAGGACGAAAGUCCAUUCUUGGACUUCAACCCAGAGAUCGACUUUGAGUUCCCGAACUCGGCAGAUCUGAUUGGCGAUUUGCCUGGAACCGCUUCAUCUGCCGAGUAUGACAUUGGUGAGAAGCGAAAGUCGAUGGAUGGCAAGUCUGAGGUGGACGCGGAGGAGAAUGGAAAGAAGCGUCGGGAGAGUGAGGCCAAGAAGCCCGGCCGCAAGCCCCUCACCUCGGAACCCACUACGAAACGCAAGGCCCAAAACCGGGCUGCCCAACGGGCAUUCCGUGAGCGGAAGGAGAAGCACCUCAAAGAUUUGGAGACCAAAGUGGAUGAACUGCAGAAGUCUUCAGACGAUGCCAACCAGGAGAAUGGUCUACUCCGGGCUCAAGUGGAGCGACUGCAGGUCGAACUCCGCGAGUAUCGUAAGCGUCUCUCCUGGAUGACCAGUGGUAACGGUAUCUCAGCGAUGAGUGCUAUUCCAAGUGCUCAUUCCCGGGGAGCGUAUGGCCUGCAGAACAAUGAGUUCCUCUUCGAUUUCCCCAAGUUUGGUGAUCUCCCAGGCUCCCAUCUCUUCAAUGGCCAGGCAAACAAGAACGAUCAAUCCAAGAACAAGGGACAGGUUCCUCGUGCUCCUGGAGUGCUCAGCCGUGAUGGCUUGAACGGCUUGUCCGCCCUUGCUACCAGCAAGUCUAAUUCCAGCACUCCAACCAACUCCAGUACCCCCACUGGACCUGGCAGCGUGAAGUCUCACUAUGCUGGUUCCAGCGGUACUACUCCUGGCAGCACUACUUCCACUAGGGCUCCCUACAACAGCAUCAAGCACUUUGGCGCUGCGACGCAUGAUACCUCAAAUUCGGACUCCCCCUCGUCUUCGUCUGAUUCGCACCAGUCUCAGCUACUCUCGUCGAAUGGUACUUCCCCCGAGCCGAGCUUGAACUCUCCGCCCGAGGCAAAGCCCCACGACUCUGGUAACACGUGCGAUAUCCAUGGCGGCAUCAAUGGUGAGGAAUCUUUCUGCGCAAAACUUGGCAUGGCCUGCGGCAACAUCAAUAACCCCAUCCCAGCUGCUCGGGACAAGUCCAAGUCCCACAGUGUCUCGAGCGACCAGCCGGCCUCCACGGAGGAUCCGGUCGGCUUCGAUUGGCUCGCUCAACAAAAUGGCGGUCAGUUUGACCCAGUCCUUUUCGGAGACUGGCGUGAACCACAGGAUGCCGUCCUGUCCCAGGACUUUGGUUCCUUCUUCAACGAUGCUUUCCCUCUGCCGGACUUGGGUAGCCCAUCCCACAACCUCAGCGAGGUGGCAACCCAGCAAGCGCCCAAGAAGGACUUGAUUGCACAAAUCGACAGCAGGCUGGAGGAAGAAGUUGUUCCCGGAGAGGAUAAGUCUCAGAUGCUGUCGUGUACAAAGAUCUGGGACCGUCUACAAUCAAUGGAGAAGUUCCGGAACGGCGAGAUUGAUGUCGACAACCUCUGCUCCGAGCUGCGCACAAAGGCUCGCUGUUCCGAGGGCGGCGUAGUCGUGAACCAACGUGAUGUCGACGACAUCAUGGGCCGUGCCAAGUAA